ACGGAAUGUGCUCUUCGCUUUGUGCACUACUGCUCGUGAUUCUUGCGGUUCAUAAUGUGCACGCGAAAAGUGAUCCAGAACUUCAUAUGACUACGCCCCAAAUCAUUGAGCGAUGGGGUUAUCCGGCAAUGAUCUAUUCAGUGACUACAGAUGACGGGUACAUUUUGGAACUUCACAGAAUUCCGCAUGGAAAAACAAAUGUAACAUGGCCCAAUGGAAAACAACCCGUAGUUUUUAUGCAGCACGGACUUUUGUGUGCAUCCACAGACUGGACUAUGAACCUGCCCGAGCAAAGUGCAGCAUUCAUAUUCGCUGAUGCGGGAUUCGAUGUGUGGCUUGGCAACAUGCGCGGGAACACUUACAGCAUGAAGCACAAAAACUUGAAGGCCUCGCAUUCGGAUUUCUGGGAGUGGAGUUGGGAUGAAAUGGCCACCUAUGAUUUGCCGGCAAUGAUAGACAAAGUUUUGGAAGUUACUGGACAGGAGAGCUUAUAUUAUAUGGGACAUUCUCAAGGAACUCUGACUAUGUUUAGUCAUUUGUCGAAAGACGAUGGAAUUUUCGCGAAGAAGAUCAAAAAAUUCUUUGCUCUGGCGCCAGUUGGAUCGGUGAAGGAUAUCAAGGGAUUUUUGUCAUUUUUUGCGCAUUAUUUUUCACUGGAAUUUGAUGGCUGGUUCGACGUUUUCGGCGCCGGUGAGUUCCUGCCAAACAACUGGGCGAUGAAGCUCGCCGCCAAGGACAUUUGCGGCGGCCUGAAAAUCGAAUCGGAUCUCUGUGACAAUGUGUGCUUCCUGAUUGCCGGACCGGAAAGUGAUCAGUGGAACUCCACACGAGUUCCGGUCUACGCAUCCCAUGAUCCAGCUGGUACUGCCACACAGAAUAUUGUGCAUUGGAUUCAGAUGGUUCGGCACGGAGGUGUCCCGGCGUAUGAUUGGGGGAGUAAGGAGAAUAAGAAGAAGUAUGGGCAGGCAAAUCCACCAGAGUACGACUUUACCGCUAUCAAGGGAACUCAAAUUUAUCUGUACUGGAGUGAUGCAGAUUGGCUAGCUGAUAAGACUGAUAUCACCAAUUACUUGCUGACUCGCUUGAAUCCUGCUAUAAUUGCGCAGAACAACUACUUCACUGACUACAAUCAUUUCGAUUUUGUCUUCGGGCUCCGAGCUCCAAAUGAUAUUUAUCUCCCGAUUGUGGAUAUUUGCACAAAGGACUAUAAUGGAAAAUGAAUAUGCACUUUUUUUGAUUUUAAGUUAUCCGUUAAUCAAGGAAUGCGUCUGCCUCCACUAAAACCUAUCAUCAGAACCAAAGAUAAUUGAUUUGUUAUUGUCAGAAAAAUGUGUGAAUAAUAUUUUGUCAAUGCCAUCUUUUUUCUUCUAUUUUUUUUUCAAUUUCUCAUUUUCACCGAGACGUACAUGGUACUAUGAAUUCGGAAGUCGAACCUGA